AUGGACCAACAAAGCCAGUCAGAAUCUCUACCGAAUAUGGAACCCCUCUCUCCAGCCGAUUUUCGCAUCUACAACCGUCUCGCCGAACAGAUGGAAAAUAUCCAUAACGGCUUCCGCGCCACCUGGGCAGAGUUAAAAACCGCCUGCGAUCCACCUCCAUCCCAGUCCCAGUUCCCAACACCAUCCGCACUGGCAGCAGGAAACCCGGACAGCACAGACUCAGAGAUAAUCCUCCUGGGCCUCUCCUUCUGCUCCGGCCUCUCAAGCCACCACUCCAUCGAAGAACGCUACAUCUUCCCGCUCCUCGCAGAACGGAUGCCCGAGUUUGCGGCUGGCGGUGUUCUAACCGAGCAACAUGAGGUUAUUCAUGACGGGCUUACCCGACUAGGUGCGUACUUGAGGAGCUGUGAGCGAAAAUUAGACGACGAUGAGGAUGGAUGGCGGCUAGACAGGGGUGUUCUCAGGAGGUUACUAGAAGGGGAGGACGGCAAGUUUGAGAGUGUGAUUUGGGAGCAUUUGGAUCAGGAGGUGGAGUUGUUGAGGCCGGAGAGUUUGAGGAGGAUGUGGGGGGUUGAGGAUGUUAGGAGGUUUGCGAUAUAG